ACUGUCCUUGAAUUUGAAUUUGAGAGUAAACUAAGUCUCGUUGUAUUAGUUUUGCUUGUUAUUCCAUUCCCUCUCCUCAUUCUCGGUUGCGGUUGCAUUUGUUGGAUUCGUGAAGUUGUUGGUUGGAUUUCACUUCAUUUUGGGUUACUAUUACUCUCCUAAGGUGUGCCCUAAUUUCUGUUUCGAGGGGUUGUCAUUCGUUGAGGGCUAGUCUUAUCUAUGACUAGGUGCUUUCUCAUUAUCUAAGUGGCAGGAGAAAAAAUGGUGACGAGGAGUGUUGUCACUCCCUUAAUCAAUUAUUCGACGGAGUUUAGAACUUACGAAGAUGACGCAUGGUAUACAGUCUACGUUUUGUUCGAUGGAGAUACUCUCAGGGUGAAAUACUUGGAUUUCUCUCCAGAAAAUGACGUUGUGUUUCAUUCUUCAAAUUUUCAAAACUGGACAGACCUUGAAGCCUUUAAACAACGUUUCAGACCCCUCUCCAAACAACUUCAAGAUGAAGAGUGUGGUUUACUCAAUCAUGGAACUAGGGUUUGUGCUUCUCAUGUCUUCAAUCAAGAAGACAUUCGCUUUUACGACGCCGUUGUUGAUGGGGUGCAACAAAGAGAACAUUCUUGGAAAACAGGAGAGGAACAAUGCUUCUGUACUUUUAUACUUUUUUGGUUGCAUGGACCAAAUGCAAGAAAAUUGACUGCUACAUCAAUAGAGAACAUUUGUGUAGUUCAGCCUAAAUGGGAGCUAGAUCGUGCAGUGGCUUCAUUUGUGGAUAAUUGUUCUUCUUUUUUAAUGCCAAAGGAAGAUUCUGGCUUUGGAAUGGUUCCAUAUCGAGGCAACAGGUCUAACUCCGCACGUCAAAUUACUUACUUUGGAAGAAUGAUAAAGGAAACACAAUGUGCUAGGCGGUCUAUAGUGAGUGCAUAUUCACCUGAAGUCAGUUGUCACGACCGAAGAAUGGAAGACAGGGAUCUCGGGGGAACGAAAAAUGUGUGUAUGAUAAUGAUUACAAAUAUGGAUAAAAAGUUAUGUUCAUCUACAGUUGCAGAAUUCUUACGAAGACAUACUUCUCUAUCAGUCAGAGUCUUCAUUUUUCCAAAUUUGUCAAUGGAGGUAUAUACUAGGGGAGCCAUUAUGGUGCAUUCUGAAAAAGAGUUCCAAGAGCUGUGUGGCUUUUUGAAUAAUCCCAACUGCAUCAUAACAUCUUCAACUGGCAGGCCUUGGGUGGUACUUGAAAAACUAGUGGGAUUAGAAAAUAUUAAAGCAUCAAUAGGAGAAUUGGUGCAUAUAUCAGAGCAGAAUAUAUUGCAGGAAAAACAGAGAGGAACAAUGAACAAUUUGAAGGUUGUAUAUUCAGGAAGUAAAGAAUUCAAGAUAGCUAGUAUUAUGAGGGAUUUGUUCUGGGCAUUUUCUGAGCACCAAGAACGCUUAAAGAAGAGGCUUGCAUUUGAGGAGAGAAAGAUAUUUGCAGCUAAAGAAGAACUAGCUUAAAUGUUUGUCCUUCGCUUCUUACUGUUUUUUUUGUGCUCAUAUGUGUAAAUAUGUAAAUACGAUGACUACUGCAAGCCUAUGGCUUACUUUUUCUUUUCUUCCAAAAUUGUUGAUAUUAAAGCGUCAAGAAAAAGUUGAUCGGUCCAGAACUUAGGUUUUAAA